AUGGCGACUGUCGUGGUCCAGCAACAAGCCCUCAGGCAUGAUACCCCUCCUACCACCAUCCCAAGAGCCUUGAGUCCCGUCCCGGGAAAUGUCCUGCAUGUACACUCGACAGGUUCCAUCUCUCCGCCAACGGACUCCAUUAAGUCUACUACUGUGUUAUCAUCUUCAUCGUCUAUUACUCGAGUUUCUAGCACACAGGUUUCCUCGCUUUUGUAUCCACCGCACAAGUUUCCCCGCGUGUCCGAUUCUCCUUCUAUUUACUUGCUGGACGCUUCAACGCUGGCUGCAGCCCUCGAUCAUAUAGCAUCUCAACCUCUGCCUGAUCCGAACCAGGUAUUCCCAUGGUUACAUGGUCUCCACCCGGACAACAAAUUUCAAUUGGCUUUCUUUGCAAACCGACGACGGUCAGCUCGCCAUGUUCCAAAAUGCUGGAGAGGCAUUACCCUAGUUAAAGUCGGAGGUGAUAUCACAACAUCAAGGCUCAAAGGAGCGGUAGCACCGAAUGAGGUGCUUGGACCAUCAGGCACAGCUUUCCUUGAUAUCGACCCCCCACAGGGGUUCUCUGUACGGAAUUUCCAGAUACAGACAGCGAAGGUCGCUCCUUUAUCGGACAUCGUUGUCUACGGCGAGGAUGGUGUCAGUCAGAAGGAUUUACUCGCGGCUGCUGGAGGCUUUGCCAUUGCACAAGAAGACUGGUUGGUAAGGAAUAGUAUUGAUCCAGGAACACCGCUGUUUAGCACUUUUAUUCUUUCCUCUACAUUCCGAGAGGUGGAAGACAAUUACCCAGAUAUCGUUGCAGUCGACUCUCUAGGCCAGGCGACUGGGCAAAUCAUGGAUUUCUUUCAAUAUGAACGAGCAGAGAUGCAUUAUAUGACCAAGGCGUCGGAAAUCGCAACCAAUGUCUGGGUGGGCCCGAUGCCAGAUCAUUCGUUAAAUCUGGAAGAAUAUAGAUUUGUCAAUGAUAACUUCGACCUUGCAAUUUAUACUACCGAUGUCGCUAGUAUUCCAUGUCAAACCGCUCUGCAGCAGAUAACCGACCUGCUGGAAUUCGGCCAUCAACGACUGGAGUUUCCAUCCUCAGGAUCCAUGAUGCCGCCAUCAGACGACAGCACAGAGGUCGAAGACUUUUUGAACACUCUCCGCUGGAUGUACAAUUUAGCCAACCCAGGUUCCACAAUUCAGCAAGAUGACGAUGCUGGCCAUACACCACUCCAAACGCCUACCAAGCAGCCUCGCAAGAUUAUCAUACUUUGCGGGGAUGGUUAUACAGAGAGUUCUCUGCUUAUGAUCGCAUAUUAUAUGUUUGCCCAGGGGGUUCCAGCUCACGAGGCCUGGAAGAGGCUUCACUGUGAUAAAAAUCGCAAUUUCUUCGCUUACUCCACUGAUGUUGCCGUAUUGAGAAGUGUCCAGAAGCGCCUGUUACAGGCGAGUCCGGUGCCAGAAUCGCUUACACUUUCUCGCCUUCCCGUCCCAGCCUGGUUCACAGCUAUGGACGGAUCAUUACCCAGUCGUAUCUUACCGUAUAUGUAUCUGGGCAAUCUGAACCAUGCCAACAAUCCAGACUUACUUUGGAUGCUCGGUAUCAGACGUGUUUUGAGCAUUGGAGAGCCCGUACGUUGGAAUAAGUCGGACAUCGACAGGAUUGGAGAAGAGAAUAUUAUGUAUAUUGGCAAGGUUCAGGAUAACGGUAUCGAUUCUUUGACCCAGGAGUUCGACCGUUGUCUAGAAUUCAUUCGUAAGGGCAAAUACGAUGGAACAGCGACCCUCGUUCAUUGCCGCGUAGGGGUUUCGCGAUCUGCAACAAUAUGCAUUGCCGAAGUCAUGGCAUCCCUCGGCCUUUCUUUCCCACGCGCCUAUUGCUAUGUCCGAGCCCGAAGACUAAAUGUAAUCAUUCAGCCACAUUUAAGAUUUGUCUACGAACUUCUGAAAUGGGAAGAGCUUCAACUGCAGAAGCGUGGCUUGCCUUUAAAACGGGAAAUGGAGUGGCCACAUAUUGCCCGCGAGAUCACCCUUAUGAACAUGCCGUUUUCUACGUGA